GGAUGUCUCCCCCCCUCAAUCAGAGCAUGAUGAGUCCCAGCUGGCCGUCGCAGCGCGCUGCGGUUGGUCAGCCGCCGGAACAGUGAGGGGAACACGGCUCUUUGCCGGCAGCCCGGACCUUCGUUUUUCUUCUUGGAUAUUUUAAUGUUUGAACACCACUUUUUUUUUUUUUUUUUUCUCAGAAUGUAUUGGUUUUGUCUGCGAUGGUGAUUUUGUGGUGAAGUCGGGGACAGCUGAAGCAGAGCGGCGCGGAUCCGGCGGAUGCAUCCUCUCCUCCGCUGCGUCCACACGACUCCGUGCGCACGGAAUCUCGUCCUCUUCAUAUGCUCAUUUGGAGAGUGACCAAUCACGCAGGCACGCUUAAAACUCAUGUGUCUUGCCUCUGGCUGUGAUUUUUGACGAGUCUAUCCCAGUUCGGAGAGACUGUACAGCGUCUCCGCGUGUUGAGCCAGCGCGCGUCACCGCGCCACUGAUGACCGCUGAUUGAUUGAUGCGUUUCUGGUGCGCAUUUGUCUGGUUUUGCGCGAGGACCCCAGAGCCUCAUCGGAAAAGCUUUUUUUCCUUUCCUCCCAAGUUGCCUAUUUCAGACAAGGAUAACUAACUUUCUCCUCAUAGGUUGUGGUGACAAACACUUUCCCCUUUUUCUUUGAAUCUCCCGUCGUGCUUGAGGACUGUGGGUAGACUGGAAGACAGACUGUAACAUCUCUGGAAGACCCCGACCGCGGUCCAACGCGCACUGGUACACACUCACGUGCCGAUACGCAUCCGACUAUUGCGCAUCAUCCAAGUUAAGGCCGUGAAGAUCUGCGACGACACCUCAACACCAUCGGCUGACCACUGGAGGCAACUGGGAUUUAACAUCCACCAGCUGGGAUCUCUACCAUGUCAGGUGCACGGCAUUUCGGAUGGACUCCCUUCAUCUGUGUGGCGGUGCUUUCAUGUGCUUUUGCAGGUAAAAUCUCUCCAACCAGCUCAGAUUCCCUCUUCAGCUCCUCAGCGAUGACGGCCAGUCCCUCGCCACCCGGCGUGUACCUGCCUGCCAGCUUCAAAAUGUCCAAUGCACAACUGGCAUUUUUUUUGAGGGAGGCUCAGAUCACAGGACAGACGCUUGGAGGCAGCAGCAGGAGCGGCCCCAGCACUGGACACCCGCUGCAGCGCUCUGAGAGUUUUGUUGUUUUCCAAACAAAAGACCUGCCAGCCAUCAAUAUCAGCUUUGGGCCCUUUUCCCAGGACCAGACCCUGUCCAAGGAGCUGCUGCAGCCAGCAAGCCCUCUGGAUAUCCCAGGCCAGUUGACAGUCAGCUGGAAGGUUCGGGCCUUCAUUGUUCAGGCAAGGGUCUUCUCCAACAACCCCACGGUCCAGGUGUUGUUCUAUAUCGCUGGACGUGACUGGGAUGACUUCAAGGCUCAGGAAAACCUGCCAUGCAUUCGUCUGCAUGCCUUUCGAGACGUCCGUGAAAUAAAAACCUCCUGCCGUCUGAAAGGGAACCUGGCACAAUGCUUGGCCCAGCUAGAGCUGCCUCCGUCCUGGUUCAACACCAACGUGGCCCCUCUGGGCAGGAGGAAAGGCACUGGUGAUGGGCUCCUGGAUGGGCUGACCAGCGAGACCUUGCAGGCUGAGCUCUACUACACGCUGCACGAGCCCAACGCGGAAGGGGAGUGCAGCGACGGUGCAGGUCAUCGAGGCGGCGGCAUGUCGAGGGGAGAACCUCUGUCACAGCACCCUCUGCUGCGCAUCGGGAGUAUCAGCCUCUAUCAGGCAAGUCAGGAGCAGCCGCUGGUGGAUAAGCAAUUAGACAAGAACAUGUUCCUCAGGCUGCCUGAGAAGCCCCUGAAACCCGGAGAGACCCUGAGGAUCCUUCUCUACUUGAUGCCCAACUCCACUGUCGAACAAUUCACUCUCAAAGUCAAAGCAAAAAAAGGCGUGAACCUGCUGCAGACCAAGUCCAAGAACGCCCAGUGGAAGGUGGACUGGGAGGUGCAGUCCGGCGCCAAGCAUUCCAUCACCACCAUCGACGUGAACAAGAACAAAGCGGCGAAGCAGGGAGAUGUGAUGGGAAAUGUGGAGGUGAUGCAGCUGGAUUUCGAGAUGGAGAACUUCACCAGUCUCUCGGUGACCAGAAGAAUCAACUGGAACAUCGACUACAAGGGACAAAACCCAACAUCCGAUUCAGAGAAGGUUGUGACAGAGCUGACGGUGGUGCAGCGGGACAUUCAGGCCAUCAUCCCUCUGGCCAUGGACACUGAGAUUAUCAACACUGCCAUCCUGACCGGACGCACUGUGGCCAUUCCCGUUAAAAUGGUCUCCAUAGAGAUGAAUGGGGCAGUCACGGAUGUCUCAGCCUUUGUGCAGUGCAAGUCAUCAAAUGAAGACAUUGUAAAGGUAUCCAUGAACUGCGACUAUGUGUUUGUCAACGGGAAGGAGACGCGGGGCUCCAUGAACGCCAGGGUCAUCUUCAGCUACGAGCACCUGAGUGCACCGCUGGAGCUCACUGUCUGGGUUCCCAAACUCCCCCUGCAGGUGGAACUCUCUGACAACAGUCUCAGCUUCAUCAAAGGCUGGAGGGUUCCCAUCCUGCCCGACCGAAGGAGCGCCAGAGACAGUGACGGAGAAGACGAGGAUGACGAGCGCCGGCUCAGUCGAGGCUGCACCCUGCAGUAUCAGCGGGCGCUCGUCAAGGUUUUCACCCAGUUCCACACCACCUCCACAGAGGGCACUGACCAGGUGAUCACCAUGCUGGGACCCGACUGGCAGGUGGACGUAACAGACCUGGUGCAGGACUCCCUGAAGGUGGCCGACCCCAGGAUCGCAGAGUUGGUGGACAGGACCACCCUGGUGGGCCUGGAGCUGGGCUCCACCGUCCUGAAGGUGGAGUCUCCGCUGGCAGUGGAUGCUGUUCUGGGAGAAGCGCCUUUCUCAGUCACAGACGACAAGGUUUCUAUAACGGAGCUGCGUGUCCAUGCCAUUUCAGGCCUGACCCUGUCGCUGCAGCCCAGCCCUGGCAACAGCCACACAAUGGUGGCUAAGGCCACCGGUCUCCAGACGCUCGCCGCUCUGAAGCAGGAGGCCAGUUUGUCUUUCUGGAUGCUUUUCAGUGACAACACAGCAGCCACUCUGACUUACUUUGAUCCCAAAGACUACAACCUCAACGCCACUACGCUGGAUGACAAAGUGGUGUCGGUAUCCCAGGAGCCUCAGCAGCGGUGGCCCGUGCUCGUGGCAGAAGGGGAGGGAUCUGGUGAAAUGGUGCGUGUGGAGAUGACCAUCUGUGAAGCCUGCCAGAAGACCAAACGCAAAAGCGUCAUUGCAUCUGCAACAGUUUCCGUCAAGGUCCGCUUUGGUCCGGAGGAAGAUUCUGAGGAAGAGGCCACCACGGAGAGCGAGAUUGAUCUCGUACCCGUCACCAGGAGGCCCGUCAUUGAUCCCAACAUCAGUGGAAGAGUUUAUGAUACAUCUAAUGAACAGCCUGCCAGCGUUCCUAUUGAUUACACCAAUUUCCCCACGAUUAGUAACGAAGAGCAAACUACUGAGAACUAUGACUUUGUGCCUUCACCCCGCAGCAUGACGGACCUUGAGAUUGGCAUGUAUGCUCUACUGGGAGUCUUCUGCCUGGCCAUCUUAGUCUUUCUUAUCAACUGUAUUGUCUUUGUGCUCAAGUACCGCCAUAAGCGCAUCCCACCUGAGGGGCAGGCCAAUAUGGAUCAUUCCCACCACUGGGUGUUCCUGGGAAACGGCCAACCAUUGAGAGCCCAGUGUGAUCUGUCGCCGCAGCAGGUGGAAAGUCCCAGCAAUCCUUUGGAAGGCGUGCAGACUUGCUGCCACGGAGACCACCACAGCAGUGGCAGUUCCCAGACUAGUGUUCACAGCCAGGUGCAUGGACGGGGCGACGGCAGCUCUGGUGGCUCCACCAAGGAUAACGGCGAGGAGGCCAGUUCACCAACCUCUAAGCGCAAGAGGGUCAAGUUUACCACCUUUACCACCCUACCCACAGAAGAGCUGCCCUACAACUCCAUCCCCAUUGCAGAUGAAGAGGACAUUCAAUGGGUUUGCCAGGAUAUGGGCUUUCAAGACCCAGAGGAACUGCACAAUUACAUGCGCAGAAUAAAAGAAAUAGCCUGAGAUAAGAGGUGUAUCAUUAAUCACCGCUCUCAGCUAAAAACAAACGUUCCUUUCUAUUUUUUUUUCUCUAUUUUUCACACAAGUGAAAUAAUUUUUCACUAACUAAAAGGCCAACUCUUGUUUUCGGUUUGGGUUUGUUCUGUUUAGUUUGCACAGUGCUGUAAUUUCUCACACACAUAUACAGACAGACACACACAAGUGAAUGGAGUGGAAGCCAAAGACUUGACCAGAGGAUCUACACCAGUAGACAUCUGUAAAUCUUGGCUAUUGCAAAAAUGUUUCACUGGGAAGCUGAGCCAUGGACACACGAGAGCUGCUUCACCUCUCCUAUUUUUCAGGAUCUGACGCUAGAGAAAGCCUGACGAGGACAGGAGCUUAGGUGUCUUGGUAGCUGUGUUUCAGUGGCCCAGCAGGACUCUGCAGUACUGUACCUAUUCCAAACAAAGAGGCCUUUGAUGAACAAAGACUCUCAUGAAGGAUGUGGUAAAAGAAAAAUAAUUUUGUUUUCACCAAAGUAGGAAAAGUUUUCUUUGAACGGUAAAACCUUCUUCAUUGUCGUUAUUGUAGCUCACUUAUGAUUUUUACUCAUGUUCAUUACUUACAUUUUCUACAUUUCAUGGGAAAUUGAACGCAAUGUCCUACAACAAGUCCCAGUGGUCCUGAUAAAUCUAAUGCCUUAUAAAAAAUAAUGGUCACAGUUCACUACUUUGGUCAGUGUGGCCAUCCUGUUUUUAAAACCGUUGCUGGGCUAGAAACGGUGUAGUAAGAGCAUCCACAUAAAUCACUACAACCGUUGAGAAGAGCUUGAGUAUCAUGGGAUCUCAGAGUCAUUGCAUAGAAGGCUGCUUUCACACUACAUGGCUUUCAGCAUUUGCAGAUGUACGUGCUAUUCAGACUAUAUGACUCAUCUUGUAAUCAGGAGUCUUGAAGUUGUCAUGGUGUUUAUGAGACCUGACUGAUACGUGAUGACGGUCAGACUAAAUGUGAUCUAAAUCAAAAUGCUUUCCAAUCCUCUUUUUGUUAAGAAAAUGUGCAGGAAAUGGGACAGAAAACAUGAGUCGAUUGUCUGAAGAUGGUCUGAGAGAUGGGAUGAGCAAUGUAAACAGUUUGCACGAUGAUUUGUUCAGAACAUAAACAGAUAUUUGUCGCCAUCAGCAAUGGAUUGUUGAGAGUGUUUGAUGCAUCUUUGAGUUGUUCACACAUAAUGACUGUGCACCAACUGGCAACUGCUUACUAAACUGCCCCGAACCACUCAGCAACGACGACAACUGGCAAAGCGUGCUUAAAAUCAUGUGGUGUGAUAGCGGCCGUAGGGGAUCUUGAGGCACAAUCAGCCACUUCCUCCAAAACUGUACUGUAAAUGUUUAUAUUGUAAUUAUACAAUUAUUCUUACACAUUACUAAGCUAAAUAUGUUAUCAUGCAUUACACGCAUGCCAUGUCCGGCCUACAUACAUGCAGACAUUCCUCUAUAGUGUAUGUAUAUAACGUAUCAAGCUGGAGUCAGUUCCAGCACAAAUGUUCAUGAAGUGACUUAUUCUAAGGUGGAGAAGUGGGAACAAGGUUGAAGUCUUGGGAACUUUAUAGUCUUGUGGUGAGUUAAAGUUUCCCCCUCUGUGAUAUCAAGAGAAAUUUGAUGAUUUUAACUGUUCAACAUAGGGACCCGCCAUGUGUCAAAACUGUAUCUGAUCUACUGUUUUGAUUAUUUAUUCCCCUUCCCUACUGUUUUCUCGUCUCCAGCCUCUGCGAGGAUAAGAAAUGUUAAAUAUACAAGUUGGAAACACUCACUGAGCACAAGAAUCUCUAAACACUGCAAGAAAUUUGAUAAACCUCUAAAGGCAGUAUCUUAUUAAUGACUUUCCCUGUCCAUUAAUAUAAUGGUCAUAAAAAGCUGUUAUACUAUUCCCACACAUAUAUGCCCCCUAUUUUUUGUAUUCAGUCCCAUAAACGUCCAUCUAGAGGUCAAAAAUCUGCCUUUAAAUAAACACGAUCACACCCAGAGCCUGGUAAGAAGAUAAAACGCUGCCAUCGACGCCUGGGCUGUGCAGAUGUGGCUGAUGUGAGAAAAGGCCUUUAUUAGGCUACUGGCUCUACUGAUGCUAUGGAUAGAUUAUGUGAGAGCAAAAUCUCAUCAUCUGGCGAGACCUUAAACAUUAAAAAAGCAGCCAGAAACUGCAGGUUGACAGCAGAUCAAAUCCUACUUUGCAUUGCUUUUGCCCUGUUAGCAUAGCAUUUGCUUUUUUUUUUUUAGUACAACAGGGGACUUUUGAAGGUUGACCUUAUUCCAGCUCUGAUCUCACAUGAAGCAAGUUCUUUUCUGGACUAAUGAGCGUUAGUGUCCUUUAAUUCUUUACUGCAUAUCCCCAAGACUUGGAUUGUUCUUCUGCGUUUAUUGGCGGACUGAUUUCGAUGAUCCUGUGAGCAAACAAUUGUUCCUCCCACUGUGCUGAAGAUGAGAGCCAGCUGUGUUUGUUGCUCGGUGUACCAAGUCGCCAUCCUGCCUGCUUUUGAGCCCUUGCGGUGUUAUUAAAGACCAAAUCCUGCUUAGUUAAGCCAAUACCAGCUCCAAAAGCUCUAGCUCCAGCUCCAAAAAAAGUUUUUAUGAAUUUGUUCAGUACGCUUUCCAUUCGUCAACAGGUGACGUGUGAAAGUCAAACAUAAUCUGAAGUGAAAUGUCAAAGGGGAGAUCUCCCAUCAGUAGACCAAACCUGUAAGCUUUGAAUAGUCUACAGAACAUGUAUAUAGACCCGCAGUGGAUUAAGUCUUUAAGGAUUCGGUUUACUGCAUGCCCUCUUCAUGUCCCAAGUGGUUCAAAUGAAUAUUGAUCUGUUAAUUAAUGUUCAGUCCGUGCAAACAGAAAUGGGAUUAUUUUUGAACUUCCAAGUCCAUCAGCCUUCAGCCAACAGCAUCAACAAGGUCUGCCAUGAAUUCUGGAAAUAGCAGCCAGCUGCAAGCUCUUGUUUUAAUUCAAAAAAGUAGUCACUCAAGAUGAAUGUAGGAUUCUUAACCAAACCUGGAUUUUUUUUGUAUUUAGUGUUACUGUGGAAUGACCAAUUUGGUGACCUCUCUGUUACAGAGUAAGUAUCUAAUAGCAGCUUCAUCCACAGCGCUCCUGUUUUUCACAUGUUACAUAAUGUGUCUUAUGCUGAUAUUUUUUCUUUUUUUUCAAUCUUUUAUACACUGUACUCCUUCAUGCAUUUUCUGCCAUCCUUUGUAGUAACACUGCUUUGGUAACAUGUUGCUCAUUUUGUGUUUUUCUCCAAGCUGCUAAUAGACUUCUUACAAACAUGUAAAUGAAGAUUUCAAAUUGUAUCCCCUGCCCUCGCACCUAGCCAUGGUGAACUGUGCACGACAUGCACGGCUCAGUUAUCUGAGCCAAGUAACCACCACACUGACUAUAAUAUUAUGAUGUACAGAGCACUGUUAAAGUUCCUGUAUUCUCUUGAAAACAAACCCUUGUAUUUUCCUGUUACAUGUAAAGUACUAAAGAAAAAUGAAAUACACAA